CCAGCAUUUCUGUUCCCGGUCAUUCUAAGGGCUGUGUCGGUUCGCUUCAGCUCAAGUGAUUGGUUGUAUGCUUCCUCCAAUCUGUCUGCGCUUGUCUUCUGAAGACUUCACUUUGACAUUUGGAGCAUGUGUGAACGAGGCGGCGGCGCGGAGCGGAGCGGCCAUCCCUGAAACACCGGGGGUAGGCGAAGUGACGCAGCAAUUCCCCCGAUGUAUUUUUAAUCCAUCAGUCUCUUCUGUGAGGAAUUGUCUCAUGUGAGUGCAGUCAUCAUGACAUCGGUUUGGAAGAGACUUCAGCGCGCUGGCAAAAGAGCGUCGAAGUUCCAGUUCGCCGCGUCCUUUCAAGAACUCACCGUUGAGUGCACUAAGAAGUGGCAGCCAGACAAACUACGAGUGGUUUGGACCAGACGAAACAGACGCAUCUGCAGCAAGCUUCAUGGCUGGCAGCCAGGUAUCAUGAACCCAUACAGGGGGACUGUGGUUUGGCAGGUUCCCGAGAGCGUGGACAUCACUGUCACUCUUUUUAAGGAUCCAAAUGCAGAUGAAUUUGAGGAUAAAGACUGGACCUUCAUCAUAGAAAAUGAAACAAAGGGCCACCGAAAAGUUUUAGCGUCAGUGGAUGUGAACAUGAAGAAGUACACGAGCGCGACCCUGGCUCAGUUUGACCUGACACUUACACUGAAGCCUCUGUCUGUCAAAGUGUUGGACGCCACGCUUAAACUCACCCUGUCCUGUGUCUUCCUGAAGGAGGGCAAAGCUACUGAUGAAGACAUGCAAAGUCUGGCGAGUCUGAUGAGUUUGAAGCCGUCUGACAUUGGAAACCUGGAGGACUUCAAUGACAGCGAUGAAGAGGAGGACAAAAGAAUGUUUGCAGCGGUGAAAAUGGCCACAGCAGUAAUAGCUCCUCUUCCUCCAGCUAGGAGAAUACAUGACAAGGCCUGGAGACCUGCUGUAGACACAGGUUUCUCUGACACAGAGCAACACAGACAGUUAAGUGUAUUAGCGGAGGAGGAAUGUCCCAAUACAGUGUCUUCUGCUGAUGAGGAUGCAGACGUUCAUCAGAACUAUGAACCCCAACCUCACAGAGCCGGAGUCAUCAGUACAGCCAACCAUAGAACAAACAGCAGUUUGGACAAGCAACGGCCUGUUUCUGGAUUAGAGGUUGUGCGGCCUGCAAAAGGACAAGCAACAGCUGAAGAUUCCUCCAGUCAUCCUGUGCCAAUGCCUCGUGUGAAGAAACGUUCAAGUGCCUCUUUACCAGAAGAUGCCUCCAUUCCCAGUUCCUCAUCAGCCAGUCAAAGUACGGCUUCAGGAAAGGCCAAUAAUGAGCCCACAGUGCCUGUUUGUAAUAAACGGAGAGCUGCAGCAGAUGCCAUAGACCUUCAGGGAAGUUCCACAGCUCACACAUCACCAACCAGUGAAACAGAGAUUGGGACCUUGGUGAAUUCCAGUCAGUCUCUGUUGGAAUGGUGCCAAAAGGUCACACAAGGUUACAAAGGCGUCCGCAUAUCAAACUUCAGCACCUCAUGGAGAAACGGCCUCGCUUUCUGUGCCAUCCUGCAUCACUUCCAUAAAGAUAAAUUGAAUUAUGAAAUGCUGGAUCCAUAUGACAUUAAGCGCAACAACAAGAAGAUCGAGAAGAACAGCAGCGAAUCCAGUUACGCUGUUGGUGAGAAGAGGGAGGAAGCCGACUCUGAAGCCGCUGUUCGCUACUGUGCCGAAAGGCUCCAGAGCAGCGGCAUCACUCUAGAGACCAAUGGAAGCUUCCCUGAAAAGGAAGUCAAAGGAGGUGCUGGUGUUUUGGUGCCACCUCCAAGAACGAAGCGAGCGCAGGGCCCAAACCAGGCUCAAGGAUCAGGGGCCACUCAGCCUCCAGUGGCACCACCCAGAAAGGCCUUUUCUCAUCUCAAGGAUGCAGAUCUUGUUAAAAAGCGUAGAUCAAAGCUGCGGGGAGAGUCAAUGGAUGAGCCUGAACCACAUGAACAGCAGAGUGGUACAGAG